UUUCAUGAAAACUUAUGUUUUAGGAAAACCCUGUUCUGGUGUCCUUAUUGUUCACCAUGUUCGUCUCAUUUAGAGGGACUCUGCUUAUCUCACUGAGAGCUGAUCAUUUUACCUUGAAUAAAACCGCUUCAUUAUCGCUAUUAAUAUCCGAUGUUUGGGGAAUUUUCUCUCUCAUUUAUAGUCAUUACGGCUCAUUCAGACAGUGGUAUCUUUUUAGAAUAGAAAUCUAUAAACUCAGGGAAAGUAGCACAUCUUGCUUUCACAAUAGGAUGUGUUAAUCUGGACCUUUCUCAACAUGGACUGUUUUGUUUUUUUGUCUUAUUCUGCGAACAGUUUAUUCAAGGAAGUGAUCAGUCAGAGAUAUUGCACAGUGCACUUAACUAAUAUUUGGGGUUUCAAUUUUCCUUUUGUUAAAAAACAUCUAAUAUUUUUGUUAAUAACAGGAAAUGUUAAAGCUACAUAGCCCUAAUAUACAGACACUGUUUUUUUUUUUAAAAAAAAAGUCACCUUCUAUUGUUGGCGCAGCCCUAUUAUGAAAUGAAAAGCUUCAUAUAGCACAUUGUGGAUUUCAGCGAUUGUCAUGUAAACAGAGGGUUCCAGAAAUCAGUACACCUUUCUUCCAGAUUCUUUCGAAGACUCAUAUUGUGAAACAAACUCAAAAUAAGACCUCUGGUCUCUGAAUUAUUAUUAUUUUUAACUUGGGAACAUAAACAUUGAACAAAACAAAGCGUGGAGUUCCGCCUAGGGAAAUAACUUUUGACAAUGUCAGAAAAAAAGUGACCGCAAGCUGACUUCAUCAGCCAUUCAGCGAUGAAAACUAUGAUUGGUUAAAAUGUAACUUUGUUCAAUUCUCAUUGGUCAAGGUUCUUUUCCGGCUAAAAUGUGAUUGGUCAAGCUGUUCAUCCUGUAUCCUCCCUCUUGGUUAAACAAACAGAACAUGUGAAAUAAUAACAAUCGCCCAAAGUUUACUACGUAUUUAUUAAUUUCCUCCGAUCUAGCUUAUUUAAAAGCUGCUAAGAACUUUCAGUCUUAAGGAAUUUGCGUGUCGCUUUCUAAACUGUGUUCAUUUUUAAUCGCUAGCUGAGGACAUCUGCUGUGCAAUAACAAAACUAACUGGUAAAUGUUUAGUACUUUAAGUACGUCAUGCGAAAGGGGAAUGCUUUAAAUUUUAGAGUCUGUUAUUGCAAAAGAAACGUGCAAGCUGUUUCGUGAACGGCAACAUUUAAAUUCAGAGUUAAGCUUUUGCGUUCCCGGUCACAGCUCUGGACAAGCAUGUUCCCGUUAGACUCGCCCUGGAACAUCUCCUUCGCAGGCUGCGGCUUCCUGGGGAUCUACCACAUCGGUGUGGCCAGCUGUCUGCAGGAGCAGGCUCCUUUCCUGGUGCAGAAUGCCAGACACAUCUAUGGAGCCUCUGCUGGGGCCCUCACCGCCACUGCUUUGGUCACUGGAGUGUGUCUUGGAGAUGCUGGGGCAAGCAUAAUUGAAGUCGCCAAAGAGGCAAGGAAGCGGUUCCUCGGACCCAUGCACCCCUCCUUUAAUCUGGUGAAGAUUGUCCGUCAUGUCCUGAAGCGGACUCUGCCCGCCGAUAGCCCCCAUCGGGCCAACGGGCGACUGGGAAUCUCUCUGACCCGUGUGGCAGAUGGAGAAAACGUCCUGGUGUCUCACUUCAACAAUAAGGAGGAGCUGAUUCAGGCAUGUGUCUGCAGUGCCUACAUCCCAGUGUAUUGUGGCCUUAUUCCUCCCACACUUCAAGGAGUGCGAUACGUUGACGGGGGAAUCUCCAACAACCUGCCGCAGUACGAGCUGAAGAACACCAUCACGGUCUCCCCCUUUUCCGGAGAGAGUGACAUCUGCCCUCGAGACACUUCCACCAACAUCCACGAACUACGUUUCACCAACACAAGCAUCCAGUUCACCCUCCCCAACCUAUACAGAGUCUCUAGGGCGCUUUUCCCACCAGAUCCAAUGGUUAUGAAGUCCAUGUGCAAGCAGGGAUAUAAAGAUGCUCUGCACUUUUUAAAGAGAAACGGAUUGCUUAAUUACACCGGGCCUCAAACAGACAAAGCAUUGCUGGCCAACAGAGAAGAACUAAAGGCUUGUGAUGAAGGGAGGGCUGAGAAAAACAACCAGGCAGAAGAGAAGCCACAGGUGGAGAAAAAAGUGGUGCUUCAUGCCAGCUCCUUACUAGAUGAGCAUAUCAUCGAGUAUCUUCCACCUGCCGUGCACAAAGCUUUACUGGAGGCCUGUCUGGAGAGGAGGAGCCUGGUGCAGUCUCUGGGCAACCUGCUCCCUGUCAGGAUGGCAUCAGCCAUGAUGCUCCCCUACACUCUCCCUCUGGAGUCUGCUGUGUCCUUGACUCUCAGGCUUCUGGAGUGGCUUCCAGAUGUGCAGGAGGAUGUGGGCUGGAUCCGAGAGCAGAUACUGAAAAUCCUGCAACGUCUUCUGCGUCAGGCUUCCAGAAACUUUUCACAGCACGUGUCUGCCAGGCUGUUCUGCCACCUGGAGCUUUACCAUUACAAGUCCCUCCCAUCCAAGCCCAGCUCCAGCAACCUAUUUCCCGCCUGGGUGAACAGCAGCGGCUCUUCAAUGCAGGACGUGUUCGACCGGUACAAGAACCGGCUGUUGUCUGGAGUUCUCUGCAUCGACAUGGACCUGCAAGGCUCCUUCAAAACCGGACGGAUCCCACCAGAGACCAGCCGCGUGGCUAGCUUUUUCCAACAAGACUUUGCAGAACGCAAAGGUUAUUUUAAUCCUCAAGGUGGCAAACCUGCUAAACCUCUGAGCAGAUCUAAGAGCUUUUGGUAGGCUUCAGCUGUGAUCACAAUCCUGAUCCAGGAUUAGUGAAAAACAAAAAUAAGGCUGAAUUUUUACACUAGGAUAUGUUAAAGUUGCAAUGUCAAUAUUGCAUUUGAAAUGCAGUCAGAAACUUUGUGUAGUGUUUGGAAGUAGUGAUAUAGUACUUUGAAAAAGAAUUCAUACUUCCCUUAAGUUUACACCAACACAAAGUUGUGCAUAAUUGUGAAAUGGAAAAAAAAAUCAUGGUUUUCACUUUUUUCGCCAAUCAAAAAUACGAGAAUAGCAUGUGUUUGUAAUCAGCCCUGCUGGAGCCACGUCUCACUGCAUGUACACCUGGAAGCGUUUCGUAAUAUGUCUCUGACAGUGUUAGAUAUUCAGAGACUGACAUUUUCACCCAUUAGUCAACCUCAGUCAGAAUGGAUGGAAAGGGAACGUGAAAAGCAAGUCUUUCCUCAGAUUCUCAACCAAAUUUAGACCUGGACUUUGACUGGGCCUUUCCGAUACAUAAAUAUGUUUGAGUUUCAGGUCUAAUACAUCGUCUAACAUGUUUUCUUCAAGGAUAGCCCAGUUUUAUAACUUAUGACCUGCUUUCUUAUCCUAGUGGAAGAGAAGCAUCUCCACAUCAUGGUACUGCAAUGUUUCACUGUCUGGAUGAUGUGUUCAGGGUUAUCGGCAGUGUUAGUUCUCUGCCACACAGUGUUUUUUUUGUUUUGGUUUGUUUCAAAUGCAUGCAGCAUGCCACAUGCCACACUUUUCAGAUAUUUAACUGUAAAUAAUCUCCAAAACCAUGCAUCCAUUUUCUUUCAUUUCACAGUUAUGGUCAACUGUUUCAUUUUCCACUUAAAAUUCCAAAAUCUACAGCGAGGUGUAAGGCGUGGCAAAAAUCUACAAAACUUCAAGAACCAUAAAUAGUUUUUUAAGGCACAGGCACAUUUACUGGGUGUUCGACAUUUUUGAACCAGUGUCUGAGUCAGAAAUAAGCCAUUAGCUACAAGCAUUCAGGGAGUAUUACAUCAACAGAAGCACACUUAAAAUUUGCACAGUUAGUCAGUCAUGCAGAAACUUGAAUUACAGGAUGUUACAAAGAUUUAGCACAGUAAAAAAAAAAAAAGUGUUGAUGGUUUUAGUGGAAGGCAGUCAGCCACAAAGUGAAGCAGCAUUUUCCUGCCUGCAAUUACUUUUGGCUCGCAGGAAGCACUGGACAAAACGGAAAACAUUAGAGUUGGUUUGUUAAAAGCAGUUACUCCAUUUGCAUGAUGCCAUUUCCAAUGCACUAUGUUUAAAGAAAGCUUGCUUUGUUUUUAACAAAUGUACUAAUGUAAAUGGCUAAAACAAAUUGAUGUGUAUGCAGUACAUGAAAGUACUGUAGUGGUCAUGUAUAUUUCCAAUCAUACUUUUUAUGAUUUUUCAUUGUUGUUUUUUUCCACUGCUUCUCACUUUAGUUAAUUAUUUUAAAAUAUGUUUGGUGUUUUGUUCAGUGUCAAUCAUUUUUUUCAGAACUGCACAUUUUCUACUUAUUAAGUAACUAAGCUCUUUAAGUACUCGUCAUGUACAGUGUGUUUCAUUUUAAUAGAGCAUUUGAUUUGCUAAAAACUUACAUGUUAUUUGCCAAGUCAAUGUAAUGUGCUGAAAUUGUCACCAGGUGUCAUCAUGUUUAAAAUUUGUGAUCAUAAAAUAAACUGGUACGCCCCAUGAUUAACUACA